GCGCGGGUCACGUGGGGCGCGGCCCGCAGCAACUGCGGCGGCGGUGGUGACGGGGGCGGCGGCCGCUCGGCUCUGGCGGGACCUGCUCGGAGACUGCGCCGCCUCUGCAGGUUGGCCUUAAAACAGAGCAGCAUUUUCCUGAAGACUCAGAACCGGCAGAGAGAAGGUGAGAGAAAACCAAGGCUGCCAUGGCUGCUGUUGACAGCUUCUACCUCUUGUAUAGGGAGAUCGCCAGGUCCUGCAAUUGCUACAUGGAAGCUCUGGCCUUCGUUGGCGCCUGGUACACGGCCAGAAAAAGCAUCACUGUCAUCUGUGACUUCUACAGCCUGGUCAGACUGCAUUUCAUCCCCCGCCUGGUGAGCAGAGCAGAUCUGAUCAAGCAGUAUGGAAGAUGGGCAGUCGUGAGCGGUGCAACCGAUGGGAUCGGAAGAGCCUACGCGGAAGAGCUAGCAAGCCGCGGCCUCAAUAUCAUUCUGAUCAGCCGCAGCCAGGACAAGUUGCGGAUGGUUGCUAACGACAUAGCUGACACCUACAAAGUGGAAACUGAAGUUAUCGUUGCAGACUUCAGCAACGGCCGGGAAAUCUACGACCCCAUUCGCGAAGCCUUGAAAGACAAAGACAUUGGCAUCUUGGUGAAUAACGUAGGCGUGUUUUAUCCCUACCCCCAGUAUUUUACUCAGGUCUCCGAGGACAAACUCUGGGACAUCAUAAAUGUAAACAUUGCUGCAGCUAGUCUGAUGGUCCAUAUCGUGUUACCAGGGAUGGUGGAGAGAAAGAAGGGUGCCGUUGUCACCAUCUCUUCUGGCUCCUGCUGCAAACCGACCCCCCAGCUGGCUGCAUUUUCUGCUUCUAAGGCUUAUUUAGACCACUUCAGCCGAGCACUGCAGUACGAAUAUGCUUCUAAAGGAAUCUUUGUACAGAGUCUCAUUCCAUUCUGCGUGGCCACCAGUGUGACCGCACCUGGCAGCUUUCUGCACAAGUGCUCGUGGCUGGUGCCUUCGCCGAAGGUAUACGCACAUCAUGCUGUUUCUACCCUUGGCAUUUCGAAAAGGACCACAGGAUACUGGUCCCAUUCUAUCCAGUUUCUUUUUGCACAGUAUAUGCCUGAAUGGCUCUGGGUGUGGGGAGCAAAUGUUCUCAAUCGUUCUUUACGUAAGGAGGCCUUAUCCUGCAAAGCAUGAAACUGCACGAUGGUUUGGGAAGUUUUGCCACCUCGUGGGAACCUGCAGUAUUCUGAUGUUUGGAAGAACACAUUUAAUUUAUCUUCUGUACUUUCUUUUAUUACUGGUUAUUUAGUGUACUGUUGACUCAUCAUUUGCAAAUGCACAUAAUAGUUUUAGAGAAUGCUGUAGAAAAACCACAAGGGCUGCAUCACGUGGGUGGCAGAGAGCACACAGUGAGUGAGGCACAAGAACUGAUUGAGGGAACCUAAAUCGUGAUGCUUUUUUUUUUGUUAGCUGUCUCAGAGACGUGUGAUUUAUGUUGUUCUAGGAGCGCCAGCAAUCUGAUACUGAAAUAUAAUACGACUUGUCAGCUCUCGUAGUUUCAAAUGUUGUUUUUUAAGGGAAAUUAUUUCAGUAGAUGAAUUAUAGUAUCGGUUUUCAAAUGUUCAUCAGGAAAGACUAUUUAAAAGUGUUAUUUUAUAAGUAAGAUCGCUGGUGUAAUUAGCAGUAGAAAUCCGUGUAUAUCCUGUGGUAUAGCUCUGUUUGUGUGUGAAAAUGCUGCUCUCCAAGCGUUAUUUCACUAGAGAACCACGUGUGUAUGUAUGUUGUGUACAUCCGGGCAACUUUAUUUAUGGGUAAGUUACUUUUAAAAAGAUACCUUGCUAAGGUGGCUUAAUGUGGAACCUUAUGGGGUCUUAAAAUUCUAGGUUACUCCGUUUCGUACUAAACAAGCUUACCCAAUUUUGUGCUUUGGGUUUGCCAUGUAUAAAAUUAUACAUUCUGUUGGUGGUGGUUUUUUUUUUUUUUCCAUUUACUGUGGAGUUAAUUCAUUCUUAGAUUUGAACCUAUAAUGGUUGACCCUCAGUCAUCUCUUGAUUUAUAAUUAUUGUGGAUAAGUAGUGAUUUCUCAGCCUAUGACCCAUUUUAUAACUGAAAUUUCACCCUUUAGAGCUUGUUAUAUCUGGUUUUCAUACACUUUUCUAUGUAAUUUUCUCUUAUAGUAGCUUUAUUGGAGUAAACAUCGAUUACUUAUGAAAUAGUGGUUAAAAUAUGGACAAAUUAUGUGUGUGAUAUGAUGUAUGUGUUAAAAUAAGUUAAAAGCUCGUUCUUGGUGUAACGAAUUUAUGCAUUACAGUGAACGCUUUUGUUGGUGUGAAGAUCAUUGUGCACAACCCUCCGUGAUAGGGGUUUGCUUUGACAGCUACUGUGAAAUAAAUGUUUUCGGCUCGGAUCUUAAAAGGCCAGACAUUUUUGGGGACCACUCUCUAGUGCUUCAGCAACUGUAAAUGACUAUAUGAAUGUGACAAUAUGUGCAAAUUAAGAAUUUGGAGUUUAUUACUGUGACACUGAUGCAGAAACUAGUAAAUUGGCUGAAAUCAGGACUUUCAUAGGACUGUUUUCUUCUGAGAUGGUAUUCCGUUAGGAGUUAGGCCUGGGCAUGUAGGCCUGGGCACACCUUUAUGGCACACGCACAAUUUUGUCAGUGCUGUUGCCUCAGUAUUUCCAGAUCUGACCUGGACUCAGAAGCAGUUGAGUUCAGAAGGUCUUCCAUGUAUAGACCAGGCCUUCUUUACACAAAAGACCUUCAGAUGUGAAAACUUGAUAGCAGUGUUAUGUAGCACAGAAGGUGUUGAUGGAAGUUAGCUUGGAGGCCUUCAUUUUGUCACAUUUGGCAAUUUUCCCUCACUUAACAAUUAACUUAUGGUCAUUAAGACUAGAGAAAAUUUGACUUCCUGCCACAUCCACGUGAAUUGUAAUUGACAUGUAGUAAGAAGCAGCAACUGUAUGUAAAAACACCAUAUUUAUAUCUCAGGAGUUACGUGGCACAGCAACAUCUUCUAUUUAUAGGUUGCAUACUGCACUGCUAUAUGAUGAGAAUAAGUAAAUUGUAAAAUAUGUCAGUGAUGUUUGCAAAUUCUCUCCUUGGCAGGACAUGGGUAAGUAAACUGAUGGGUGCAAAGCUAGUGAAAGAUCAAAACCAAGAAUCUUCCUUAGGUUUCCUCUUUGAUAAAUUAUUUUUUCCCAGAGCUCAUUUGAGAAUCAUCAUUGGGCCACUGUAAAUGGGGUUUCUUAGUAAGAAUGUGGGAAAUUUAAGAACUUUUGAAACAAUCUGUGAACUGAAAGUUUAACAGUAAAAACUUCUGCUUCCUGUGAAAGAGGUUUUGCUCCAUGUAUUUGUAUUUGGAAUGAGAGAUUUUUUUCCCCAUGGAAACAAUUACUUUAAAAUUAACAAAAAAUUAAUCUAUGAACAUCUAUGGUAGUAAUUCAUUAACAGCUGGUAGUUCAGCAAGAAAAUUGGGCAUAACCAUGUGUCUCUUCAGGCUUUCAAAAUGAAGAAGUAGAUUUCUUGAUCUCAUUCUCCUGAUAGGUUGAGUAGAUAGAUGAAGGUAGAUUUUGGUCAUUGAUUUUGGCAACAUGGAGAUCGCUGCUGGUUUUGCCGUGAGCCAUUUUGUCUUGUGGGGAUGAAAGGUAGAUAGAUUGUAGGGGUUCAAGAAAGAAUGGAAAGAAAAAGGGAGAAAGCAAGGCGAGAGCUCUUUUGAUGAGUCUUGUUCUGUUUUAAUCUCAGUUAAUCAAAAUCUUACACAUUUGGGAACCAGGGCAUUUAGGUGGUGUCAGUCUUGACAUUGUGUGCCCUCCUAAACCAAGUCCAGUCUGUCUGUGUCUCUGUCUCACUACUGGCUCGGCUGUUACUCUUUAAAAUAGUAUUUAGUUUGAAUAAAGAUUUACCUUCCCAUGGAA